AUGGAGGUUACUGUUUACUUCUUCGCUCUUACGACUCUGGUGUCAUUUAUUCACGCUCAACCUUGGUCUGCAAAUCUCGGACUGGGAACCGGAAGUAAGGGACCGGAACUGAAACUUACCGUCGGACGAAAAGUCGGAAACUGGAAUUUCAAAGGAUUUGGUUCUACAGACUUUGCCGGUGGUUGGAAAGCCGGUGUUAGCGUAGGAAUAAAGUUCAAAAGGUCAACUGUUGAAAUUCCUAGAAGAUAUGACAUUGUAAUUCUGGCCAAUCCUUGUCGGUUCCAUGUUUAUAAUAGUAAUGAUGAUGACGUCAUUACAAUGGAUGAAAUGACCGAGCUUUUUGAAAAUCCGGAACUUGGCACACAAUUAUUCAACGAUCUAGAUGCCAAUAAAGAUUGGGAAAUAACAAAAUCAGAAUUUUCCCGACGAGUUCCAUUUGUGAUUAAAGAGUGUUCGAACAACCAAAGAAUCGCCAGAAGAACAUAGCCAAAAUGAGAAUAAGGAAGUUAAUGAACAAAUCAUGUGAAUUUUCCGAAUAGUGACGUCAUAGUCCCAUGACCGUUAUACGGGUGUCUACUUUGUGCAAUAAAAUUUGUAUUGAUUAUCCAACUU